AUGAAUUGCUCGCCUCCCGAGAUGGUUUGCGAGACCGCGAUCGUGGCCGAGGAGCGGCAGUCGCUCGGGGCCGCCGGCAAGGAGGGACGCCGGCUGCCCCCCGCCGCCGCCCCCGCCGCCGCCCCCGCCGCCGCUGCCGCGCAGAUGUGGCCGCCCGGGCCCGCCGCCUCGCCGCCCGGGGCCUCGGCCGGAGGGGGGGAGCGGCCGUCGGGGGCGGCGGGGCUCUCCAUCCGGCCCUUCCACCCGGCGGAGGGCGAGGCGGCGCGGCGCAUCUUCUACGAGGGCAUCCUGGAGCGCAUCCCCAACACCGCCUUCCGCGGCCUCAAGGACCAGCCGCUGGCCCAGCUGCUCUACGCCGCCAUGGCCGUCAUUUGCUUUGUGGUGACCAAGUCCUUGCUGGUGACCUGCUGCUUGCCCGUCUUCCUGAUGGGGGUGAGGUACUACUUCAGCAGGAAAGUUAUCCUCAGCUAUCUGGAGUGUGCCCUGAACACGGACAUGUCGGACAUCGAGCAAUAUUACAUGAAAUCCCCAGGUUCCUGCUUCUGGGUGGCAGUGCUGAACGGCAACGUGGUGGGCAUCGUGGCGGCCCGAGGCAAUGAGGAGGACAACACAGUGGAAUUGCGCCGCAUGUCGGUGGACUCUAAGUACCGUGGUAAAGGGAUCGCUAAAGCUCUGGGCCGGAAAGUGCUGGAGUUUGCCGUGCUCAACAACUACUCCUCUGUGGUGCUGGGGACCACGGCAGUGAAGGUGGCAGCCCACAAGUUGUAUGAGUCCUUAGGCUUCAAGCAUGUUGGGCUGGUGGAACACUAUUCUCUGCCUGGAAUGACACAUUCUAUUCUAGAGCAAAUCUUCUUCCAGCUUCGCUACCACCGCUAUUGCCUGCAUCUGCGCGAAGAAUGA